ACUUUAUAUCAUGCAAUUACCCGUGAUGUAAUUAUCCUGUAUGUUGAAAAAUUAAUUUACAUUUGCUAAAUGUAAAUUACACGAUGACUUUGACUACCGAAAAAGAUAGUGACUUCAGCGUCAACUGGAAUGACAACAAUUACAAUGACGCAGAGAGACGCGAACACAUCAGGCGUCACCUUCAGCACAUGCCUUAUAUUUCCAAUGCGAGGAAUCAAAAGAUGGCGGUUUGGACAGAUGUCAAGGAAAUAUUCUUCCCUUCCUGUACUAAAAGCUGUGAUAUUGUUCUUAGGGAACUGAAAUCCAUUCUCAAUUACCCAAAGUCAGAGAAAUUCAUGCAUCCAUGCACACCACGUGACCAUGUUGCCUUCCUUAGACAAUUUCGAUAUGUCUCUAUUGGAACCCUUCUGGUUCAAAUAAAUAAACUUGAUUAUGGCGAAGUUUCUUUGUGGGAAAGGGUUUUGAAACGGCAUAUAUCUCCUAGCAAAGACAGACAGUUUUGUUGCUCUCCAACAACGAAAGGCCAUCCACCUGCUCACGAAGAAGUGAGUUUCACAAUUACAAAGUUUCAGAAAAUAUUCGUGGAUGCAACUCUCGAUACGGUAAUUUCUUCACAGGAAUUUCUAGUACCAGCUAUUGAUGAAGGUAAAAAUCAGACUGGAAAUAUCAGAAGGUAUAUCCCUUUGCACAUUCUGGGAAAUAAUGUACCUAUUGUUCGAAAGAGGCUGGUGGAUUUUUGUGGACGUCACGUGGUCAAAUUCGACAAUACCAUUAGUCGUUGCUGCUCUGCUGCAGAGGCAAGAGAGAUCACGACCUGGCAAUACAAUAGACAGGGUGGCUGGGGAGGUCAGUGGCGACAUCUCACAACCCGUGAUCUGCUGGUGUCUUUUACAAGCUGCAUGAAGUUCCUUAAUAAAUACUGCAAGGACUUAAACGUAACCCAAACAGCAGAGAACGAGAUAAAGAUUAAAAUGGAAAGUGGUAUCUGUCAAACCGGAAAUUUGACCAGGGCCUUUGAGGUAAAAUUCAAGGAAGUUAAAACAAAUCCAGAAAGAAUACCCAAUCUCUUCCCAAACCUUUAUUGCAAUUAUCAAGAGCAAACUCCCAAAACUAAAGCAACUGUGAAGACUCCAGAAUGUAACACGAGCAAGGCCACCUUAGAAAAGAAGCGCCAAAGAAUCAAAAGCCCUAGAGAUGGUGCAGACAUCAAAUGGGAAUUCACUGAAUCUUCGAGUCAAGGAAAAGCAUCAAUCCGAACAAAACCGUCGCCAGAAAACGUAAACAAGUCAAACAAUUUACCAGCUGUUGCAACUGCUGCAACCGUGUCCGCAAAUAGUUCUUCAAAAUCUGAGAUAAUUAAAGGUGGUCAUGCAGACGGUACAGCGCAACAAAAGAGCAUGACGAAAUCAACUAAUUAUCCUGAAAUAAACCAAAGUAAGGAGCCAACAGCUUGCAGCAAUUCAGGUCGAAAUUCUCUGAGGCAUAAAUUUAAGAAGUUUCCAAGUCAAAAUGUGGAUGAGCAAACACUCAUGGAUCUUGUGUCAUCUAAUCCUUUUAGACAGAGUAUUGAGUCAAUGAAAGCUAUUAGAGAAAUUAAUAUGGAGAGACAGAAGAAGGAGUCAGACAUACGGACAAAUGGAAAGACUAGUCAAGAAGCAAAGAGGGAUGGAAAUAUGCAAGAAAAAUCAGAAAGGAAGACAGAGAGCAGACCGAACUGGUCGAAACAUACUGUUGUUCUACCAGUCAUAACAGGAGCUCAGAAACUAAAGACGGUAUCCAAGGGUACAAGUCUGCAAAAUAAAGUUAGGGGUGUUGAGUCAACGAAUGGUGUUCAGGACAGAAAGAAACAUUUGUUAGGUAAAUCAAAUGUGAAUGAUACUGAAAAUGAGACUUCCAGCAAAGAAAGGAAAAAUCAUGGCUCUAUCUUGAAAAACUCUUCAAAUGCAACGACAGAUUUACCUUCCAGUGAAUCAUUUUGUACAGCUACAACUAGACAGGCACCUACUUCUGAUGUAUCAAAGUCUUCAGAAGAUGGACAAUCAGACACGAAGUCUCGGUGUUUCUCAGAUAGCAAUUUAGAGAAGGUAAAACACCAUGGAAUGAAAACAGAUAGAGAUUCAGCAAGAGGUUUAGUGACUCAAGCUGGCAGGAAGAUUAAGUGCAAAGUAAAUCAGGCUUUUUUAAAGAAAACUAUUACAACCAAAAGGGUUUCGUUUGAAGGCGAUGGCCGUAUCCAACUAAACAUUCCAAAAGCUGACUGCGGUUUACCAAGUGACAGGAAUGAUUCUUCAGAAAAAGCCCUAGAAUCAAAUAAUGACAGUUUUACUGAUUGCAUGUUUACUAAUGAGCAAGACGACACUGGCUUGAAGAUAGUGUCUGUGCAAGGAAGUGAUGCGACGAGCAUGAAUUCCGUUGAGGUUUGCAAACCUUUGGAAAAAGCAAGACCUAAAUCUGACAUGAACGAGUCAACCGUUUACAUUGACCUUACUCCAACUAAAAAUGAUGGUGAUACUUUUCAUCCCAAGAAGAGAUGGGUGAAUGACUUUCUUUCUUUUCAUAGUGACCAAAAAUCAACGAUGGUUGACGCUCAACAAAACAAAGAAUUAGAACAAAACAACAUGAUGCAAGCUAUAGAACAGGAUGUUCAGGAAACAGAAGAAAAGCAAAACACACCCUCUACCGCAGCUGAGGUCAAACAUCCAAAUAAAAUGAUUAAAAACGACGAAACAGUUACCCCAGCUAAAGAGAAAACUGUUACCGAGUUAUUCCUUCUGCAAGACUCAAAUGUUGAUCACGAAGAAGUGAUUGAUGAGAAACUUCGCGAGGAUGUUACAGUAAUUAAUGACUCAGAUCUCUCUAUACAUCCGCAGGAGACCGAUUUUGUAUCAAAGAAAGACUUCAACGACAAAUUUAGAGUGGAUUCACCAACUGUCGAUGACAUGGCAAAUACGUUUAAUAAAACAAUCAAAAGCAUAGAAAAGAAAAAGGAGAAACCUGAUGAAAGCAAAAGCUCUCACGAGUUUCAAGAAUCGCAUGUAAAAAGUAUAGCCGAGGAAAAUAGAAAAACAAAGAUAACAAGCAAAGUUAAAAAUGGUUCCAAUAUGAAAACAGUCAUAGAUGUUGAUUCUUACAUUGGAACUGAGAUUGUUGAUGCAGAAUCUAAUCAUUUAGACGCAAAUAAAGGAAAAAAUCAUAAGAAAAGCAAGGGAAGAAAGAAAAGCAAUACGGAAAAGAAAGCAAAGAAGGGCAGAAAAAGAAAGCCAAAGACUGCAAAGAGUGUCUGUUCAGUCGACUGUGAAGCUGAAGAAUUGCAAAAAGCUAUUCGAAUCCAAAAUGUUAUCGAGGAACAGAAAAGAAUCCUCCAUAUACUGACAAGUAAGAAACACGUAGAAUCGAGAACCCCUCGGGAAAAUGAAAACAGAAGGCGUAAAAGUGUCAGUGAAAAUGAACUGAUCGACAUGGAAGCAGGUUUUUCAAGAGGAGCACCUAGCUCGACUCCAACUCAACUUCUAGAAAAAGUCAAACAAAGCGAUGAUAUCGGGCGAAAGAAGGGAAUACGGAUCAAAAGAAAGAAUAAAAUAGAAAUCAAACAGGAAGGAGAGGGUGCGCCGCAAACUUCAGAAAGUCAAAUAUCAUCGUCCAUAAGCACUGGACAUAUAUAUCCAGCGCUAGGCAUUGACUUGUUCGAUAUAGGAUAUGACGUAUUUCGAGACGAUUCUGGAACAGAGACUGGGGGACUUGUCCUACAUCCGGGGUUUAUUCUUCCAUACGUUCUUGUCAAUGGCUUCCAAUACAUCGCCUUGGCAGACGCGUACAGGUUGUUUCCUGGAUGUCAAAAAAGUUGUAAGAUACUGAGGAGUACCCUGAAGAAUGAACCGGCUUUACAGCUGACAUACUGCACCUGGGAACAACUGUAUGUGUUGGAUCUGAUCUUCUUUGCCAAAGGCCGGAGGCUGGUGACGGGAGACCCGAUGAUAAGGUUUGAUGUACUGAUUAGCCGUUACCAGGAUCUUCUCUGUGCUUUAUGUCAAAGACAUUCAACUGAUACCAAACAUAAGUGUUCUUACUGAUUUACCAAGACCUCUAAAGUCAAGCAGUGUUUGAUCAUUAAAGAUUGAUGAAAUGAU